AUGGGAAUUAUACGGAUUUUGAUCCUAAUUUCAAUUUCACAUUUCUCAACUGUCGGAGCGCAGCAAUCCGACAAACAACUACGUAUGGUUCAAGUUCUCUUCCGUCACGGCGCCCGCGCGCCAACCGAAAAAAUCACCGAUCCCAGCUAUCAUUCGCAGUUUCCACGUGGAUUGGGAGAGAUGACUGAUGCCGGCUUCGAGAAUUCGUAUCUAAUGGGUCGUUUUCUCAAGAAACGAUACGUCGAUACGGGAUUCCUGAACCCGAUCAUGAAUCCUAGGGAGAUGUACUGGCGAUCGGUCAACAAGAAUCGUUGUCUGAGCACAGCGUCUACAGUAGGCUUUGCAAUGUUCGACGAUGAAAUUCACCACUUACAUGUGCCAGUGCAAACCGAGGAGUAUGAUGAACAUCUAUUGAACUACAAUCAAGACCGUUGCGAACGCGAGAUAGAGUUAGUCAAGGAGAGAUGCCCUGAUUUUAAUGGGACUUUUCAUCCGUGGGUCAAGUAUGAAGCCUUCAUUGCAAAUUGUCUAAAUUACACUCAUCCUGUCUUCGAUAUCUACCCAUUUGAGAAUAUUGAAGCUUAUAUAAAUGAGUACAAAAAUUCAAUUCCACCUCCAAAACUGAUCCAACAACAUCUAGAUGAAGUGAUGGCGAUUUAUGUGAAUGUGACACACUUCAUUACUGGAACUGGCAAUCAUCAUGAUCCGAGAAUGAUGCGAGUGAAGUUUGGAUACUUGAUGACGACGUUACAGAAGGAAAUGACUUGGAUGAAAGAGGAUUUGGAGAAGCUUGCUAGAGGAGAACCUCUGCAGUAUUCCAUGAGAAAGAAAUUCAAUGUUUAUUCGACGCAAGACUGGAUCCUGAUGGGCGUCCUGGACUCUCUUGGUGUCCUCAAGAACACCGUUGGUCUAGAGGUUUACCCAGAGUACAACUCGAUGAUCAUUUUGGAGCUUUGGGAGGAGACGGGGAGAUUUUUUGUGAAGACGUUUUACAAGAAAGAAGAAAUUACCCAUGAGAAUCAUCAGCUGUUGGAUGUUAGUCAUUUGGUCAGAAAUUGCACUGAUACAGAGUGCCCGUUCGAGAACUUCAUCUCGUGUUGUGAGGACUACAAGGCAGGAAGCAGAAGAGGUUGCGUCUCACAAAAAAGAAAGCCUCGGAGUCUGUGGACCAAUGAGGAUGAAAAUGUUCCGCAGUUCGCCGGACCGGAGUGA